GGUAAAUGCAGGCUGCGGAGCCUCUCUGUCCGACAGACCCGGAGUUGCACUGGAAGACACUGCGCUGAACAGAUGAGCGGUGUUGCGGAAUUAGUCUGGUAUGAAAGCACAGCUGAGCAACAGAUCUAAGAACCACAUCUCUGAGAUAGGUCUCGGAUGUUAUCCUUUCUUCUGAGCCACAGACAGCAUCCAAGUUAGCCAGGUGUGACUAGGAGGCCUCACCCCUCUUGGCUUUCACUACUUCCCUGACAAUCUUCAACCCCCGUGAGAUAAGGAGAGAGGACGGAUUUUUUUGCAUCCAGCUUGGCUCACCAUCCGAAGUCCCUACUCACCUACCAAGCCUGAAGGAGAGACCCCAUCCCUUGCUCACCCUCCCCUGCUGCUAGCUUGCACCAGCAUGGCAGACAGUCGACAGCCAGAAGACGGUGCCCCCCAGUGGGACCCAUCAGCGGGGCAGGAGCCUGCUGGCACCCAUGGAGCCAAUGGCUACUCUUCCUCCACCUACAGGACCUGCCAGCCUGGUGGAGCCCAUAUGACCACGGCCUCCUACGCCACCAGGGAGAAUGGGUUCAAUGGGGAGCUAACUGGUGCUCCUGCUAUAACUGCAGAGCAAGUGUCAGCACGGAUUGUGCAGGAAGUGACAGCAGAAGCAGUGGCGGUGCUUAAGGGAGAACAGGAGACUCAAAAGCUGCCAUCAGUUGAAGACACCACCAAUUUGCCUCCCUCUCCUCCUCCCUCGCCUGCUGCAGAACACUUUGGUCCUCUGGAACAAGAAGAGACCAUCGAGGCUCUUACAGCUGAAUACGAGGAGGAAGUGGAAGAGGAGGAGGAGGAGAGUGCAGAGGCAGCAGAGUCCGAGACAGCUCUUGAUGAGCAGCAGUGGAGCGGGGAAGAGCCCGAGCUGGACAGCCCGCAAACUGAGCCCUUAGAGCAGGCAGAGGCCAUAGACGAGGCCCAGGACCUAGCCCUGGAGCCGGCUGAGGCAGCUAGUGCUGCCACAGAAAGCUCUAAGGACAGAGAGGAGGAGGAAGCAGAGGGUGAGGAGAGCCCUGAGACAGGUGUGUCCUGUCCUCUGCUCUCCCUGCCUGCAUGUUACUGCAUUGUCCACUGUAUAAGAUCGCCAGAUGUGUCAAAAGGAGCCCAUAAGCAUAUAACAUUUUCUGAGGAGAGCUUUGCCUGUUUCUGUGAUAACAGCUUUCCCAAUCCCUGGCUAAAUAAAUAUCUCAUUUGCAGCAUGCCAAAGCAAUACUUAUUCUAUGAUGUUCAAAACAGCCAACUUAUAGAUGUCCUUUCAGCUUUGAAGAUGGACUCAGACAAGCAGGGGAGUGAGAAAAGUGGUUCCAUGAGCCCAGACAGCAUCGGAUCAGAGAAACGCCCAGAGGAGUUUUUUGAGCCCCAGAUGCAGGGGUUCUUUGCUGGUGAACGAGUCGUACCGGAGAGCCCCACCAUGGAUAUGCCCUCCUUUGUACCCCCGAAUGUUCAAAACCAAACCAAAGAACCUGUCAGAUCACUCACCCUUCAGCCUACUUAUGGUGAGCCAAUUACAGUAUCAGAGAAGCAGCCUUCAGUAGAGGUGGUAGAGUUAAGCAGCAUUGGUGCACCUUCUGAUUUCUCCUCAGUUGGAGUCAAAGUUCCAGGAGGAGACUCAACAAGAGACGCAAGAGACAGAUCUGGCAUGUCAGCAUAUUUUGAAACAUCAGCAAUGGAGGUUGAAGAAGCUCCCCAAUAUAAGGGUGAGGGAUAUUACGAACUGAGCAGAGCUGGUGAAGAGAAGACUGCAGUUGAUUCCAGGCCUCAGGAUAUCAGCUACAGCGCGCUAGCUGAAGCCAAGGAUAAACCUGAAACCAAAAAGAGUACUGCAGAAGACACUAGAGUAUUCACAGUUCCCGACAAGAGUAAUGAAUGCAGGCUUUCCCCUGGCAAACUGGCCUUAGAGCAGAGGAGCUACUCACUUAACAUCACUAUUGGAGCAUUGGAUCAAAGUGGCCAAGGCAGACCAAGGAACUUCUCCCCAUUGGCCACAGAUAUCAUGUCAUACACUAGUGGAAGUCUAGAUGAGUCAGCAGACUACCUCCCAGUCACUACCCCUUCAGUGGAGAAGCCGCCAUCCUUCCCUCCCCUGAUCCUGGAGACUGCAGCUUCUAUCACUUCAGAUUCCUCAUCUCCUCCAAGGACCUCUGAACCAGUUUCAAAACCCAGCCCUGAACCAGGUUCCCCAGAAUCACCCCAGCCCUCCAAGAACACCUAUAAAAAUGGCACAGUGAUGGCGCAAGACUUGCCUGAGAUGCUGGACCUUGCUGGUACCCGUUCCAGACUGGCAUCAGAAAACACUGACCCAGAAAUCACCCGGAGAAAGUCAAUUCAAGCUGAUGUUCCUGCCUUCUCUGAUGACCCACUUGCUAGCCUUGUUUCAGGGGAACUGAGCCCCGGAGCCAGAAAGAGUGAGAGCCAGUUGGAAGAGAUGGGCUAUUGUGUUUUCAGUGAAUACUCAGGGCCCAUGCCAUCCCCUGCAGAUGUGUUCAGCCCUGUAGACAGUUCUGCACAGGCCUUCACCCACUCCGUCCUGGAGGAGAAAGUGGCUGAGCAGGCUAGAAAAUUAGCUGUCAGAGACACAUCUGUGGAGGACACAAGCCAGCCAUCGGGAGCUGCUGUCACUGAAGAAAAAGACAAGAAGCAGGUUGAGAAAAAAGAUCCUGCUGAGGAAAAAGGCAAAGAAGUUGUAGAUAAUCAGCUGACUAAACCUGUAAGUGAGCAGGAUAAACCAUCUGCUCUACAAGGAGAGUCAUUUGUGACACCAACUGUCACUGUGACUCUAGAAGAAGGUGGGAGGUCAUCUAGUGAGACAGAACGACAAGCUAGUGGUGAAGGCUCAGCAUCAGAAACUGAGAUUGCUGACUAUGAGAGGCAGAUCCGCAAAUUGGAGAUGGAGGACAGGCCUCUCAGUUUGGAGGAGGAACGAGAACUGCAAGAGCUUCGAGAGAAGGUGAAGCUGGUCCACCAAGAGGCCUAUGAGGAGGUGGACGCCGAAGAUGUGUACCAGCUGACUGGCAUGGCCAAGGACCGAAUUGCCAGGCCCGUCAAAACUUCACCAACCUCCUCUGUGGAGAGCAAUAUUGAUGAUGAUAAGCUGCUCUCCCCAGUGCUCUCACCUUCCAAACUUAAACAAAGAGAAGUUUAUGGUUCCCCCAAAAGAACACCUUCACCAGUGUUAGGAAUAAGCAAAGAGGACAAAGAGAAAGAAGAGUCAGAAAGAAAAAUGAGGGAACAGCAAGAGAAGGAAAAGGAACUGAAAGAGAAGGAAGAGAGAGAGAAAGUGGCUGAGAUGGACAAAAAGGUUACAGACAAGCCUGAGGAGACAGCAAGACAACCAGAGGAAAAAGCAGUGAUGGAACCUGCCAAGAAGGAAGCUGAAAAACCUGUGGAGGCCGAGAAGGAGGAAGAGGAAGGUGAGGAAAACGUGUUAGAGAAAGAAGGGGAAGGAGCUGGGGUAGCACUGAUAAAGGAAAUCCCAGAGACUCGUGCUGCCAUCGAAUCAGUGGUGACGGUUGAAGAUGAUUUUAUCACUGUGGUCCAGACCAUCGAUGAAGCAGACGAACCGGGACACAGCGUUCGUUUCUCAGCUCCCCCUGAGCCUGAAGCUCUCUGUACUGUAAGAAAAGAGGAAGAUGAGGAAGAUGAGGAAUCUGUUGAGUUGGCCCAGGAAGCAGACAUGGAAGCUGGCAGUCUAGAGGAGGUCUGUGAUGUUCCUGAGACCCCUGCAUCUCCUGAGAAGGAGGCUCAGACCAUUGAAACAGAAGGACAGACAGAAAGUUAUGACAGAGAUGAAACCACAAUGGACGACUCUAUCCUGGACAGCUCGUGGGUGGACACACAAGAUGAUGAUAGGAGCAUGCUUACAGAGCAGAUUGAACCUUUGCCCAAGGGGCCAAGCCCAGUUAAACAGCCUGCUGUGGUCCAGGACAAGCAGACACAACAGAAGACAGAGAAACAGGAAAAGCCAGCAAAACCCAAGACUAAGGGAGGGCGGGCUAAAGGCCGAAUCUCCACACCAGAGCGUAAACCUGUCCGCAAAGAACCUGUCUACAUACCCAGAGAGGAGGUCAAGAAGAAAAAAGCUGUGAUAAGGAAGACUGAGCUUACCAAAAAAAUGGAGGCUCAGACUCAAUCCCCAACCAGGAGGAGUGUGCUGAAACCAGCUGUCCGUCAGACCCGCCCCACCCAGCACCACUCCUGUCCCAGAAGGAGACCCACAGAGGCACUACCGGACGGUCGCCAGCCUCUCAGUGUUGCCAGAAAGUCACGCGACAGAGCAUCGUGCCAUGCCCAUCGUUUGCCACUAACAAAGAUCCCCACCUCCAUAUCCAGAGUGGCUGCCUCAUUAGAUAGACCUCACUCAUCCCCAGCAGAGCCUCAAGGCUCCCCACUAUUACAGAGACUCAAGGACGGUGGGUCUCGGAGCCCUGACAAGAGGUCUUCUCUGCCGCGGCACGCCAUUCUGAGUCGCCGUGGAUACCAUGACCAAGAGGAGAGUUCCACCUCCAUCACCAGUUCUGGCUCAACAGCUCCCCGCAGACCCACAUCGUUUCGCACUGAAAUGAGGGCAGAGCAUAGGACGGGACGAGCCCCCAGUAUGACAGUUGCAGAAUCAGUGCGCUCCCGUUCAGCUCGCAGUGGCCACUCAACCCCCCGCACCCCUGGCUCCACAGCCAUAACCCCAGGAACCCCGCCCAGUUACUCAUCAUCCUCAAGGACCCCCGGAACCCCACGCUCCCUCAGCUUGAUUUCCCAGGAGAGGAAGGUGGCCGUUGUCCGCACCCCACCCAAGUCACCUGCAACCACACCUAAGCAGCUCCGCAUCAUCAACCAGCCGCUGCCUGACUUCAAGAACAUCAAGUCCAAGAUCGGCUCCACAGAGAAUAUCAAAUACCAACCCAAAGGAGGACAGAUUCAUAUUUUAAACAAGAAGCUGGACUUCAGUCACGUACAAUCAAAAUGCAGCUCCAAGGAUAAUCUGAAGCACUCUCUCCAUGCAGGCAAUGUUCUCAUCCCCAGUGUUAAGCUGGACUAUAGCCAUGUUCAGUCUAGGUGUGGGUCCUUGGACAGGAGGGGCUACUCAGCAGGAGGUGGAAACGUGCAGAUACAGAACAAGAAGAUUGAUUUGAGCCAUGUGACCUCUAAGUGUGGCUCUCUAGACAACAUCCAUCAUCGACCAGGGGGCGGUAACGUGCGUAUUGAGAGUGUGAAGUUGGACUUCAAAGACAAAGCCCAAGCCAAGGUGGGUUCCCUGGAUAAUGCUCACCACAUUCCUGGUGGAGGCCAUGUCACGAUUGAGAGCCACAGGCUGAUGUUCCGCGACCAAGCUAAGGCAAGAGUGGACCAUGGAGCUGACAUCAUCAUCCAGUCGCCAGGCUUGUCCGGCUCAGUGUCUCCCCACCGCCACCGGGACAGCCAGCUAUCCUCCUCCGGCAGUCUCAACAUGAUGGAGUCACCGCAGUUAGCGACCCUAGCCGAGGAUGUCACUGCAGCUCUGGCCAAGCAGGGUUUGUGAACACUGGAUCUCUGGAUUGCUGCUCUGCACCCCGGACGUCCUCACCCUGAUCCCCUCAAACUUUUCGGCCCACUCCUGCCGCCCUGAGGCCAACCUGUUACCACAACUACUCAGCUAAACCACAGCCUCUAAACAUCUCCACUUCAAGAUCCAUCACUCAAACACCAACUCUAAGUAGAGACUCGAGUUAGGAGCUACUGUACUUUGGUCCUCUUUAUUUCCUGUCUAUUUUAAUCCAAAAUAUGUGCUAUUUGGCCUCUCUUUUUGAAUGAUGUUGCAUAGAAUAGUUCAGUCUGAGCACUGGUCCUAGAUAGGAUUGAGUGGUAUAUACAAAGUGGGGACCAGGUAUUGGCUUGACUGGCCCUGGAUCAGUGUUUUGAAGAAGCUACAGCUUUUUUUCCACAUAUGUGGCCAUAUAUGUGGAAGUAAUGUGGCCAGCACACCAUGCAGCACGUGUUGUUCUUGCUCAGUAAACGUGCAUGGACGCCAGACCCCUUAACAAACCAAGCAUCCUUACUGCAAGUCAUUCUUGUCAUCCAAUAUAUAAUAUACUUAACAAAUAUAUAUAGAAACAUGUAUAAAAAUACAAGUUUGUUGCCAUCUAUAUGUCCUCAAAACAUUUUAAAAGGAAGCGACAAUAUGGCUAUAAAAUAUACCUGUAAAAUUGCAUUAUUGCAAGUACCAGGUCAUGUUAUGACAAGCAUGUAUUGAUUCUAAUAUUAAAAGAGGCUAUUUUGUAAUUUAAAAAAGGAUUUUAGUAAGUUAUUUCCUCAAGUAUUGGAUAAAAACUAAACAAGUUCAUGUUUUGUAGUUAUUAGUUGUUUACAGUGUAAUGCUUGGUGACAAUGUCAGACAGCUGAUUUGGUGUUGCUAAGGAAUGCAGCUCAGUCCUGUUGAAGAGCAUCAUACACAUGUACCUGCUCAGUAGUUCAAGAUAGUUUAUACACCAGAACAGUAAUAAACACAAGAACUGAAUUUCAUUCUACAAACACCAAUCUGAAAAGGAAACAAUAAAAAGAAUCGUGUCUUUACAGCUGCAGUAAAUUAGCUCACAUGAAUGAAGAGUAUAGACUUUCCUCUGCUAACACAGGCGAUGUUGUGCUCAUCAGGACAGUCUCUUGUUUGAACCACAGAGGAAGAAGCUACAAUUGCAACAUGAGAUUUUAGCAGAAGAUGCAGCUACUCUGAAAUCUGUCUGUGUGUGCGUUUGGUGCAGAUCCCAUGCCGUUUUACGACGGAUGCUACCGUAUCUGGAUGUUUUGUUGCAAUAUGUGGAAAAAGAAAGUGAAAAAAAAAAUAUUUUGAAAAAUCCAUUAAAAAGAUAGUUCAUGAAGAAAAAUAAAAUGACCGAGGGAACUCGGAUUCUGUUACAUCUGUUAGGAAAAAAAAGUGUGUUUGGGUGAUCUAGUUUCUUUUUCAGACACCAUUUGUGGUAUAUCCUGCCUCCUGCCUAAUUACUGCCCUCACCUGCAACUGUUUGUUUGCUUCUGUGUUUUUUCUGCAUUCCCCAUCUCCGUGUGCCCCCUCCCCACCUCCUGCUCCACCUUACAGCAACUGUAAAUGUAUUUAAAAGGUCAAGUAGAUGUACGCAGUUUUUCUCUUGUUGAUAUGACACCAAUUACAAUAAUUAAUGACAAUAAAAAGGACAACAAAUGA